AUGGCAGAUCUGGAAACGAGGCCAUUGCAGACCAUUCCAGGACCUGCAUUCAACGAAGAUUCACCCCAACCCAUCUCUACCACCAGAACAUGCGCAGAUGAUCAAGAUCUCGAGGAUGGCCCUCUUUUUCGUGCGACAAUCAAACAGCUCGAAAAUAAAACUAGUGCUCUCAAAGCAAGUACUAAACGCAUUCUCAAGACCGCUGUAGCGUCCGUCGAAGCACAACAGGCUCUUAUGGAUGCAGACACAAAUUUCCUUGACGCUCUCCGUGAUAUCCCUUCCGCCACACCACCUCUCACUGAAUAUAUGGACCGCACCUGGGCGAUAUUGUAUGAACAGCGUCUUCGUCUCCAACAAAGCAUGCGAGACAUAAUCCUCGAUCCUCUCCAAAAACGAUAUGAUUACGAGAUCAAGACCGCCGAAUACAAAAGACGUCGAUUUGAAGAAGCCAGCAAAGACUAUUACAGUUAUCUCGCAAAAUAUCUCAGCAUUAAACCAGAAACGCUGUCCAAAGACAAGAAACGUACCGAGCGAGAGCAAAAACACAUUGCUCGCCAAAGUGCUUUCGAUCUGAUCCGAUUCGAUUACUACAACUUCCUUGUUGAUCUUCACGGGGGUAAAAAAGAACAAGAAAUGCUGUUUAAUCUUGUACGGAACCAACAAGAAGAGUCUUCCUUCUACCAGUUCAUCUCUUCGGGAGUUAUUCCACACAAAGAAGCACUUGAUAAUGUAGCCACCCUAAUGGAAGAAGCUGCACGCGAACAAGACACGUUUUAUAAAGAACGGAGUGAAAAAAGACGCACUAUGCUCACCCGUCACAACCAACAUGUAAAAGAUAUGCUCAAGACAGAAUACAUAAAGGAGCAGGCACAGCUCAAAAGAACCUCACUCAGGACAAGUGCAAAUGUAAGUGAUGUGGAAGAAAAUCCCAUAUCAACCGACCCUGGUCUGCCCGAACCUUCUCAAUCAGCAGGCUCGGCUGAAAACAGGUUUAAAGGUAUCCACGAUCUGGAAAACCAGGACCGGAAUAUGUUGUGGGCCUGUGGUCGCAGAAAGGAAGGUGUGCUAUUCUCAACCUCAAAACCAUCCAAAGGAACAGCAUUUGAAAAAGGGUCAAAUGUCACUUGGCACAAGUAUUGGUGUGUUUUGAGUGGUGGCCAAUUACACGAAUACAGUAAUUGGAAAAGACAUGUCGAAUCUCACAUUGAUCCUAUUCCUUUACGCUAUGCCACCGUACGCCAGGCGUGCAAUGCAGAUAGACAAUUCUGUUUUGAGAUCAUUACACCCUAUUUUCGGCGCAUGUAUCAGGCCAUUUCUCAAGAAGAGAUGAUGAGUUGGAUGGCUACCAUCCGUAAUGCAAUCGAAAGUCUUUUAAACGGUACCGGAAGUUCUGUUAACCUUAUAAAAGACCACUUGAUCAAGGAGGAAGAGACCAAUAACGACCAAUCACCAAAGAAGGGGCAUAGUCGGUCUCUUAGCAAAGCAAUCCGCCGUGGGCUAGCGGAGCGUUCGAGAUGGUCUGGUUUUAGCUUUACUAGUAAUAGUAAUGGUAGUGCUGGCCAUGGUCAUAUUGCCAAGAACUCUGGGGCAGUCGGCCAAUAUGAAUUCUCGCCAAGCCCUGAUGCUACCGUUAACACAAAAUUAUUGACCACACUGAGAGAAGACCGAUCAAAUGUUCUCUGCGCAGACUGUGGCGAACGGAAUCCAGAGUGGUGCUCGCUCAACCUCGGCAUCUUGUUAUGUAUAGAAUGCUCUGGGAUUCACCGAAGCCUAGGGACCCACAUAUCCAAAGUACGAUCUCUCACACUUGAUAGCGCUUCAUAUACACCUGAUAUAGUUGAACUAUUGCGGUCUAUCGGCAAUGCACGGUCAAAUGCCGUCUGGGAUCCCAAACGGUGCUUGACCACAAACGAUGAUGAUUGCUUGACCACAGACGAAGUUGAUGAACUAAGGCGACCGGUUCCAGGCGACACACGCGAUUUCAAGUUAAAGUACAUUCAGCAAAAAUAUGUCGAAAAGGCAUUUGUGUACCACACCCACAAAGACCUCAAUACCCUUUUGUUCGAUGCUAUCGACAAUGACGAUAUUCCGGCUGCAUUAUAUGCUGUGGCUCUUGGAAUAGAUCUCAACCGUUCGUGGCCAUUUACCUCUGCACGCAGUUCGAGUAGCGAUGAAGAUGGUAGCCAGAAUUCUCGAAAUAGCCAAGACUCUAUACCCCUUCCAACUAUUGUUCUUUCUUCUGGUAAUAAUUUGUGUGCUACGAAUACUACUGGCCGUGAUAAAAUUGAUGACCCGACUGUGCGUUAUCCACUUCAUUAUGCUUUGUUGUAUGGGCGACGGACUUUGCCUUCAGUAAUGACGGAUAGAAAUCGGCUAUUCCCCAUGGCUGAAUUCUUGCUUCAAAAUGGUGCUGAUGCUGGUAUAAUUGACCCUGAAACAGGAAACACUCUUGCUAGCAUCGUUGGACUUGGCAGUAUUGUCGAGGAUGAUGCAAUUGCCUACCUAAACCUGAAGAAUGCAGCGCGUGGACAACCUCAAAUAUUCCGUGCAAGUAUGCCUAUUAUUCCAAGUCACUCAUUCAUUGAUGCCACAUACAAGUAA